AUGCAGCAAUUGUAAAAUGCUGUAAUAACUCCCUCUUUGAGAGGUAACAGCUGUUUUUACCAGUGAUGCUCCAGACUCGCUUUGCCAUUUUUUGUUUUCUUACUGGAGAUACCCAAUUGCUAAAUGACCCUCCCUUCAAGAUAACAUUUAAUCUCCAAUUAAUCCCUGCCUCUCCUAGUCUCAACUUGAAAACCGCAACCGUUCCAGAAUUGUUCCUGCUUCCCAUACAUCUUCAGUCCUUCAGUUGGAACUCAGCCUUUCACAAAAGAGCUUUUCUUCUCCUCCUGCAUUGCAUUCCAACCCUUCCUGUGGAAUUUCCUCCCUCUCUCGAGUCAAUAAAUCUGAUUUUGUUGGCCUAUUACAGGCUUGUUCAGGUGGUCUUUAGCUGGUUAGACUUUAACAUGGGAAAUACCCUAUACAUAGGCCUGGCACUUUGCUCUUCUUUCCCAGAGAAUGAUAGGGGUAAUGGAUGAAGUUACCUCCUGCCCUCUCAGAUCUGGCUUAUCUGGAUUCUGCAGUUCUCCAACAGAGAAAUCUUGAAAAGGACUAACCAAUUCUUGCAUUUUGAAACCAUGGCCUAUGUAAGUUGAUGUUCUUUUCUCCUUUUUGAAAUAUUAUUGAUCUCUAUGUCAUUUGUACAUACAUACCCAUUCCUUAUCCUGACACUUCUUAUUUAACACAACUCUACCCAAGAAUUUUCUUUAGUUCCUCUCAUUCCAAUGAGGGUUGGGAACAAAGAGCCCAGUGAGUGUCCUUCCUACAUGCCUUCUCUCUUUUCCACUAAUGUGGAUCUUCUCCUGGCUACAGAAUCUUCUGACAAGAGCCAUGAGGAAACAAAAGUGAAAUGCCUUGAGAAAAAUGCAGGCACUCUCUGCAGAAAGUCCCCUUGUUAACAGUUUCCAAUAUAACAGCUUUUGAUUUUAAUACUUAAGCUUCAGAGAAAGUAUAUCUCUGAAUACAAUGAUUUUUAGUCUGGCUUUAUGUAGGAAAAGUUUGUGUCCCUAAUACACAAUUUGACAUCUUUUCAAAGUUUUUGAACUUUUUAUUGACAUGUAACAUACAUAGAGAAAAGUACACAAGUCUUAAGUGUGUAGCUGAAUGAAUUUUCAUACACUGAGCACAUUUGUGCUAGCAGCACUCAGGUCAAGAAAGAGAAUAUUGGUGGUACCUCAGAUGUCCCCAUUUCAGUCACUCCCUGCCCACCAGGCCCAGAUAUAAUCCCUGUGUCCUGACUUCUAACACCAUAAAUAAAUUUUGCCUAUUUUUAGAACUUUAAAUAAGUGAAAUUGUAUAGUUCAGUAUAACUUUUUUUAACAAAAAAUAAUGUGCAGGAGACUCUUGUUAUAUUUCAAAUAUAAUUGGUAGACUAUCAGGACCAUCCUCGGAUGUUUUGAGACGCACGCAAAUAUCAUUAAGAGGAUGUGUGUUUCUGGUGCUGCCGGUGAGAAUGGAGGUGUCAGAGCGUCAUACAGAAUGUGAGCUAUCCUGCCAUUAUGUUUUGGUUAGAAAUGCAUUUUCAUAGUGUAUUUAUUUAACAUGUAGCUCUUGGGUAGUAUAAAAUGAGUUUCUAAUAAGUUGGGGAAGUAUUGAAGAAAUUGUGGGGAAAGACACAAAGCAAGUGAGAAAAGUGAAUUCAGACCAUGAAAAUGCUAAAGCUAAAGGUACAUGUGGAGCAACCCAUGUAUACUAUAAUUCUAUCCUGGAGGGAGAUGUGAGGCUGCUUGGAGGUUUGGAAUUGACGUAUAGUACAGUGUAGUUGCAAUAAAUACCUGUUUAAUAAUGUACUAUUAGAAUGUCUGGUAUUCAGGAAUGAGUUAUUGAUAUUAAGGGGAGAUCUUUGUUUUAAAAACUUUCCUUGAAGAUCUCUGGUUUAAUGAAGGAGGGAACUUGGUCCUAUUUGACUGCCUAGAGGGAAAACUCCAGACUUCUUCACAGACUUGAGUUUUCCAAGGACAUAAAAUGAGAUUUAGUGUUGGCUGGUGUCAGUCUCUGUUAUGCGUUGAGAUCUUACAGUAUGUACGUAAGGCUUUUAGGAUUGGGUGGAUCAAGUAGGGAUAUAAUUGGUGCCUUAUAUUCUAAGUCUUAAAAUUUCAUAUGGUGACUUGAUAUCUUUAUCAUGGCUCCAAAGGCCUAAUCAUGAGUUCCCCUGUUCUUGCCAGAUAUGGUCCCUAUCCAGCAGAAAAGACUCCUACCUGGCUAGCCUUCCUAUCAGGCAGAACCCCUUCUGGUCCUCACCCUAUCAGAAGGUUUCACCUCCCUGCCAGCCCACAGAAUUAUUCAAACAAACCGGUCACAUCCUCCUGUGGGGAUCAGGGACACCUUACCCUCUUUUUACUACAAAGCCUGCCUCCCACAGACCCUGCUUGUUCACUCCAUUCCUGAGUGCAACCCCUGUGUGGCCCUGCAUGACGUGUGGUGUUCUCCUCCCCUGGGCUGGUUCAGUGACAUUCAGGGAUGUGGCCAUAGAUUUCUCACAGGAAGAAUGGGAAUUCCUGGACUCAGCUCAGAGGGACUUAUAUAGGGAUGUAAUGUGGGAGAAUUAUAGCAAUUUCAUCUCACUAGCAGAACCUUCCAUUUCUAAACCAGAUGUGAUUACCUUAUUGGAUGAAGGGAAGGAGCCCUGGAUGGUUGUGAGGGAAGAGACCAAAAGACACUACUCUGAUUUGGAGUCCAGAUACAGGACCAAUACAUUAUCUCCAGAAAAGGACAUUUAUGAAAUAUAUUCAUUCCAGUGGGAGAUAAUGGAAAGAAUUAAAAGCUAUAGUCUUCAGGACUCCAUUUUUAGAAAUGAUUGGGAAUGCAAAGGCAAGAUUGAGGGGCAAAAGGAACGACAAGAGGGAUAUUUUGGGCAAGUGAAAGUUACUUCUGAGAAAAUGACCACUUACAAAAAACAUAAUUUUCUUGCUGAAUAUCAGAGAGUUCAUAAUGGAGAAAAGUUGUAUGAAUGUAAGGAAUGUAGGAAGACCUUUAUUCGUCGUUCAACACUUAGUCAACACCUGAGAAUUCAUACUGGUGAGAAACCUUAUAAAUGUAAGGAAUGUGGGCAGGCAUUUAGACAGCGUGCACACCUUAUUCGACAUCACAAACUACACACUGGUGAGAAGCCCUAUGAAUGUAAGGACUGCGGAAAGGCGUUUACAGUGCUCCAAGAACUUACUCAACAUCAGAGACUUCAUACUGGUGAAAAGCCCUAUGAAUGUAAGGAGUGUGGAAAGGCCUUCAGAGUGCAUCAGCAACUUGCUCGACACCAGAGAAUUCACACUGGUGAGAAACCCUAUGAAUGUAAGGCAUGUGGGAAGACCUUUAGGCAGUGUACACACCUUACUCGACAUCAGAGACUUCAUACUGCUGAGAAACUCUAUGAAUGUAAGGAAUGUGGGAAAGCCUUUGUAUGUGGUCCAGACCUUAGAGUACAUCAAAAAAUUCAUUUUGGUGAGAAACCUUAUGAAUGUAAGGAAUGUGGAAAGGCUUUUAGAAUAUGCCAGCAACUUACUGUCCAUCAGAGUAUUCAUACUGGCGAGAAACCCUAUGAAUGUAAGGAAUGUGGGAAGACUUUUAGACUAAGGCAACAACUUGUUCGCCAUCAGAGAAUCCAUACUCGUGAGAAACCCUAUGAAUGCAUGGAAUGCUGGAAGACCUUUAGUAGUUACUCACAACUUAUUUCACAUCAAAGCAUUCAUAUUGGUGAGAGACCUUAUGAAUGUGAAGAAUGUGGGAAGGCCUUUAGAUUGCUCUCACAACUUACCCAACAUCAGAGUAUUCAUACUGGUGAGAAACCUUAUGAAUGUAAGGAAUGUAGAAAACCUUUUAGACUGCUCUCACAACUUACUCAGCAUCAGAGUAUUCAUACUGGUGAGAAACCUUAUGAAUGUAAGGAAUGUGGUAAGGCUUUUAGACUUUAUUCAUUCCUUACUCAACACCAGAGAAUUCAUACUGGGGAGAAACCCUACAAAUGUAAGGAAUGUAAGAAGGCCUUUAGACAACAUUCACACCUUACUCAACAUCAGAAAAUUCAUAAUGGAAUUUAAUACAAAAAAGCCUUCAAUUGUACAUUAUGUUAUAAAAUAUCCAGAAAUUCAUUUUAGAGAAAUUUGCUUCAUGCUUCAACUAAGCAUAAGAAAUUUUAUAUUAUUGGGAAAAAAAGUUGCUUUAAAAGCCUACUAUCACCAUUCAAACAUUGUUUAUCUUCAGCAAAUUCAUGUGAGGGAAUAAUAUAAUGAAUGUAGGAAAAUCUUUAGCCUUAUCUAUUAUUAUCCCCAUUUCACUACUUUAUUAUGUGUUAUUGGACAAGGUACUUAAACUUCUGUGCCUCAUUUUGCUCACUUGUAAAAUGGUGAUAAUAGUACCUAUGUAUAUUAGUUAUUUAUUGCUGUGUAAUAAAUUACCACUAACUUAGUAGCUUAAAAUAAUACACAUUAUCUCACAGUUUCUAUGGGUCAGGCGUUUGGGCAUAACUUUGUUGGGUCCUCUGCUUCAGGGUCUCUCACAAAGCUAAACUAAAGGUUUCAGCCAGGGUUGGGUCUCAUUUGAAGGCUCACCAGGGGAAGGGAUUCAUUUCCGACCUCACAUGGUUGUUGGCUGUCACGCUGAGGUCCGCAGUUUCUAGUUGGCUGUAGGGCUGACCUUAGUUCCUUGCCACAUGGGCUUCUUCAACAUGACUGCUUAUUAAGUGUGAUAUACUAGCAUCAUAGAAGUUAUAAUCCUAUGUGAUCUAAUCACCAAAAUAACACCUUUUAGUUACAUUUGCUGUCUUAUACUGGUUAGAAGCAAGUUACUGAGUCACCCACAUUCAAGGGUAGGGGGUUACACAAGAGUAUGAAUCAGAAUGUAGGGACCAUUUCAGGGUCAGCCUGCCAUACUGUGUAAUAGGAUUGUCUUAAGGCUUAAGUAGUUAGUGCUUGGACAAAUAGCCACGUAGCAUGUUUCCUGUAAAUAUUAUCUACAAUUGUUAUCAUUAGUGUUAGUGAAUUCAUAUGAAAGGAAUUUACUCUAGAAGUAGUAAAUGUAGAAAUGCCUCAUGUCACUGCUCAGCACUUACUAAACUUAAAAUAAUUUAUUCCAGAUAAAAUCUAGGAGGUUCUAUUGAAUGUGAGAAGUUCUUCAUCAUUUGAGCUGCAUCAGUAAUUUCAUACUGAAAAGAAACCUUAUGAAUUUCUUGAAUGUGAGGUUAAGAGUACAACUAUUAUAGAAUCAAAAAAAUACAAAAUUAUUUUCCCAUAAUAAAUUUCAAAAAGUAAAUGUUUUGCAAUCCUUAUUGUCUGAUCACUGUUAAAGAUUAAUUAUGAACUAUUAAAAAGAGGGCAGAAAGGAAACUAACCACUUGGAAAUUUAAUAUUCUGUGUGUUUGUGCAUGCAUAUGUGUGUGUGUGUGUAUGUAUGUAUGUAUUUAAAACUCUUAUACAAAAGAAAUAAUGUCAUGCCAUUUACAGGCAAUAUACUCUUUGAUGUUCAGAUUGCCGCAUCUUCAAUCAGUGGGAGUUAGGUCUUUUGACAUGACCCCACUAGUAGUUUGAUAGUUUACUUGGUUACAGCUGGAGACAGUUUGGUCAGCAAUGAAAGAUGCUUGGGCACCAACUCAUCCUAAAAAUUGAUAAGGGGAAAUAUAAGCAUUUAUUUUGUUUUUUCCAUGUGAACCAAGUUUUAGGGCCACCAGAAAGCUCAUCAAAUUAAAAGAUUUUCUUUUUUUGUUUUUGUUUUUUCUUUAAAUUCAGUUAGCCAACAUCUAGUGUAUAUCAUUAUUUACAGAUGUAGUGCUCAGUAAUUUAUCAGUUUUGUAUAGCACCCAGUGCUCAUCACAUCACAUGCCCUCCUUAAUGCCCAUAACCCAGUUGCCCCAUUCCCUCACCCUCCUCCCCUCCAGCAACCCUCAGUUUGUUUUCCCAAAGUUGAGUCUCUAAUGAUUUGCCUCCCUCUCUGAUUUCGUCCCACUGUUUUUCCCUCCCUUCCCCUAUGAUCCUCUGCACUGCUUCUUAUAUUCCACAUAUGAGUGAAACCAUGUUUUGUUUUUAAGAAAUAUAACCAGUAAAUGCAGAAAGAAUGAUAGGAUUAGAAAAAUCACAUUUUCUAGUUCCCUAAUGGAAUAAUGGGUCCGGAAAACGAUCUUCAAUGGAUAAUGAAACGAGUGAAAUAUUUUAUAAUGAGAACUUUAAAGUGGAUUUAUCAAGCUGAUAACCUCUGAGCCCUUUGAUUAAUUUUAACUUCCAUAAAAGUGGGACUAUCAGACAAUAUCCACAUCCUGAUAAAAUGUAAUAGGAAGUACACACCACUACCUACAAAACCUUAUUGCCAAAGCGGUGAACUGAAGGAAGCAAACCUUUGAGUCCAACUCUUUAAAAACAAGAAUUUGGGGAAUAGAUGAACAAAAUAAAUGGCACCACAAGGAAGUAGCCAAGCAGAUUCUAAUGUGUAAAAUUCCACAAAACAAAUGACCUGAUUUCUUCAACUAAUGAGUGGCAUGAAAAAGAAAAGGGGAAAGGCAACUGUUAGCAGAUUAAAAGAGACUUAAGAGACCUAUUAGCUAAAUUCAGUAAAUGGGCAUUGCUUGGACCUGGUUUAAACAAAAUGUAAAAAUACAUUUUGGAGACUGGAGAAAAUGUGGACUUGCAUUGAGUAUUAGAUGAUAUUUAGAAAUUUUAAUUUUAGGGAUGAUAAUAUCAGUGUGGAUAUUAAAGAUAAAAUGUUCUAUGUGUUAGAGAUACAUGCUUAUAUAUUUACGAAAUGGUACAAUACCGGAUUUGCAUUAAAAUACUCCAACAAAAGAAAAAUAAUUGGCAAAGAGAGCUGGAAAGUAGAUUGGCAGAAUGUUGAUAAUUCCUGACGUGGAGUGGUUGGUUUUGGGGAUUCAUUGUUCUAGUAUUUCAGCUUUCUUAUGUGUUUGAAAGUUCCAGUAAUAAAAUGUUUAAAAUAAAAACUGAAAUUUAUAGACAACUUAGAAAUGAUUGUUCAUGAGAUGUGUGUAUCUAAACUUGUCAGAUGUCACCGAAAUCAAUCCCCUUUAAUGAAUUAAGGAAAUUUCAUUUGUGGAUCUAGUCUUCAUCUCACCUUAUCCACAGCAGUCAACACAGGGCCUGUCACAUAAAUGAAUGUGUUAGGGGAAUGAGUAUGUCAAGAAACCAGAAAGAGAACAAAAUAAAGCUUGCAAAAGAGAAGCAAAGCACAACUAAAAAUAGAAAUUAAAGACUAGACAGUAGUGGAUUUAAUCCAGUGUUAAUAAUGAUUAAAUUUUGAAAGAUCUAGUCAAGAAAAAGAAAAUGAAAAAUAAUGCAUUUAGAACUUUGUCAGUGAUAAGUGACCUAGCUACAGAUUAUCAAGAAAAUUUUGUUUUAAUUACAAGGUAAUACUAUAUAUAUGUGCUCUCUGUGUUCCGGUCCAUAAAAUAUAUGGGGGCUACUUUUUUUUUUUCUGUAGGAAUAUGACUUAAACCAACAAACAAAUGUGUGUAUGUAUAUGAACUUCCUACUUAAGAAAAGAACUGAUAGUUGUACAGAUAAAAGCUUUAAGAAAUAAUCCUUCACAAAAUUCUACCAAUUCUGCACAGCUAAAAUAAUCCUGAUACAAAUCUAAAUGAAGAUAGCUCCUAAAAAGCAAAAUCCAGACCAGCUUCACUUGUGAAGAUUCUAUUCGUCUUAAUUCUAAAUAAGGUAUACUUAGAAUUUAUUACAAAGUCGGUCUUCACUCAUAGAUCCAUGUGUUGCCUUUCCCAAGUCUCAGAUAUCUUUAGAAGACCUGUGUUUAACAGAGUAUAAGGCCUUAACCCAACAUUUUCCAUAAGCUUGUUUUGGGGAAUACUAGUCCUUGAUGAUAUUUGGGGGGAAAAAAGAUUUCUUGGGAAAAUGUGUAAAUGCAGCAAAGCGUAUGCUUAUGGGGAAGACCAAGUACACAUUAUCAGCUUAAAAGAUACAGCAAAGAGAUUUUUAUUAAACACAGUGUAUCUCAUACUUACUUUGUUGUGGAAUUCUCAUUCCCAGUAUCUCUUACCAUCUUUAGAAUGUGAACCACUUUGAUAGAUGCUUCCAUUACCACAAUGAAUGUCAAGGACAUCAUUUCAGACAUUAUGGUGAGUGAUUGUGUUGGGAGGGGGUGAGGAAGGGCACUUUUCUUUGCAGCUCACAUCAUAUUCUGGAAGCUUCCUGCUUGAAUCUUGAGGGCUAGUGCUUUUCUAUAGAAUGUAAAAGAUUCUAGCUUGGUCCUUCACAUGUAUAUAUUAAACAUGCUUAAAUAUUCUGUUAAAUAGUAAUUGGGACAUAAACAAUUUUUCAUUGUAAUAAAAAUGCUAUAUUGUAUAUCA